AUGGAUCACUCGCAAAUGGACCACUCUGGCCACAUGGACCACGGCGGCGAUGGCAUGAACGACAUGUGCAGCAUGAGCAUGCUCUUCACCUGGGACACGACCAAUCUCUGUAUCGUCUUUGAGCAGUGGCACAUUCGCACGACCCCGGGGCUCAUCAUUUCUCUCAUCGCCGUCGUGCUCAUCGCCAUGGGCUACGAGGGACUACGCGCCACGUGCCGCGUGUAUGAGAAGUCGAUAGAUGCAAGAGUCGAAUCCGCGCCCAACGCAUUUCAAGACCCCGUUACUGAGACCACCCCGUUUCUCCGACCAGGACAAAACCGCGACUCUCUUGCCCGCCACAGCCAUCUCAUCAAGUCUUUGCUCUACGGCUUUCAAAACUUUUAUGCGUUUAUGCUCAUGCUUGUCUUUAUGACUUACAACGGCUGGGUCAUGGUGGCUGUUUCUUUGGGUGCCUUUCUUGGCUAUUACGUCUUUGGUAGUCACACCUCGGCCACGAAAGAAACUGCCUGCCAUUGA